GGUCAAUAUAAUUUAUUUUAAUGUUUGAAAUCAUUCAAAUAUAUCAGUAUUACAGAUUAUACUAUAUGAAUAUAAUUAUAAUUCACAAAUUUUGUUUAAAUUAAUUAAGAAUAUUAAAUCAUAUCAAAAAUAUUUUAAUAAUAACGACUCAUCAUUGAUAAGACUUAAAUAUAAGUGUUUUAUAAAAUGUUAUUUUAGAAUAAUGUAAAUAAGGAAAGUAUCCUAUUGUAUUUUAAUGAGAGAACGAAAACGAAGAUUAGUGCAGUUCUGGCUGUCUUUAAGAUAAUAAAUGGGAUCUAUGUGUAUGAAACUUAUUGUAUUGUAUGUGAAAUAAAAUGAAGAUGUUGUUGUUUUGAAAGAAAAAAAGAGAUAGAAAAUGUUCAUUAAAACAAUACCAUUUCUUAAGAAGUAUACACUUGUACUAAUAGUAAAUCAAUAUUAUAUUAAGUAGUAUAUAAUUCAAAAGGAAAAAAAGCAAGAAAAACAAAGAGAGAAGUAAAAAAAAGUGCAGAAUAUAAUACUUAAUCAUAUUAUGUUUAAGUAUAAUUAAGAUUUUUGUUAUUCAUUAUAAAUAUGACAAGUGUUUGUACAGUUACUAAGUAACGUUUCAAUGUUAUUAGUUACAAGUAUCAUUGACAAUGAUGAUAAUGAUGAUGAUGAUGAUGUUACAAGCUAUACAUCAUCGAAUAAUUCAUCUGAAGCAAAAUUAAUCAAAUCAUCACAACAUAGAACAAAGUCACGUAGAUCAAUUAGCGCCGGUACACGAAGAGAUAUCAAUGAUGAUAAAAGUAAUAGAUCGAAACAAUCAGUAAUGAAUAAUAACAAUCAAAUAUCAUCAUUAAUGAAUAGACGACAAUAUAUUGUUAAGCCAAUAGUUGGCACAAAUAACAUUAGGAAUUAUCAUCAAAAUAAUUAUUAUUCAUAUUCGGAUAGUUAUGAAAAUGAUCAUAAUGGUAUAAUAAAUGAUACAAUAAUGGGUAAAAAACGUCUUAUCACUAUAUUACAACAUGCUAAUGAAACAGAUAAUUAUGUACCGAAAGCCGAAGAAAGUUUUCCAGAUAGAUCAUUUUCUAUUAUAAAUGAAAAGAGUCGGUUGAAUAAUUCAAAUGGGUUGAUUUCAUCAGAUCAAGAAAACGGUAUGAGGAUGCUGUUGCUGCUGCUGCUGCUGAUGAUGAUGAUGAUGAUGAUGAUGAUGUAAUCAAUGUGACUAACUCUCAUUCACUUUCUAUUACUUCAUUUUUUUUAAUUAUAAUUAUUACAAUUAUAUUGAUAUGUAAUGAAAAAACAAUUACAUAAUAAUUUAAUUUCUAUUUAAUUCAUAUUCAAUUAAUUUAUAUCUUAACCAUAUAAAUAUAAUAAUAACUGGUAUAUUUAAUAUCA